CCUGGUAGCUAAAAUUAUCAAAUGGCAACAGAACCUUCGAGAGAUCAAAAUCAGAACCCAAAUGCAAUGCUCAGACAGUAUCAAACAGAGAAUUUUCCAAGAACUGCUGCUGUACAGAAAAAAACCUUUGGAGCUGAUCAUUCAAUGGAGUCCUGGCUGACAGACCAAAGCAUAUUAUCCCCUCUGCUUAUUGAAUAUGAUAAACAUUUAGAAGAAAUGAGUGAACAACUGCGUUUCUGUCAGGGACAGAUGGGCGAAAUGAGAUUAAAACUUGGACAAGUCACCAGGGAAAAUGAAAGGUUGCAUGAAGAACUAAAAGAGCUCGUUGAAAAGCAGUUAGAGGCUUUGCCAUCUGGUUCUCCUUCAAAAGAUGUUACUUUUAUGGAUGAAAACUUAGUAGGAAACCUUCAAGAACAGUUGCAGCUUGCAAAUAAAGAAAAGGAGCAGGCGUUAGAACUUUGGCACACAGCGUCACAGGAAUUGGAGCGACUUCAGCAGAUGUUCCAUAAACAAAUGACAGAAGCCCAAAUCCAUAUUGCUGAAAGCCAGAAACAAAAAGGUCAACUGACAAGCUUUCAGCAACUAACAAAGCAACUGCAUUUAGCCAAUGAAAAAACAGAGUCAAUUAAUCAACUGUUUCUAAAGACUGUAAAGGAGCAGAAUGUAGAACUGGAACAGCAGCGUAAGCAACUGAGGCAAUACAAAUUUGACCUGAGAACUGCUGUUGCAAAAGUUGAUGAAAUGACCAGGCUGAUUGAGGAUUUUCAGAACCAAAUGGACAAAAAGGAAGAAGAUGUGCGAGCUGCUCAAGAAAGAGAGGAAGCAUCAGAUAAACGUUUGCAGCAAUUACAGUCUAGCAUAAAACAACUGGAAACAAGGUUAUGUGUAAUUACCAAAGAUUCUCAAGAGCUAAGAACAGAAAGAACAAACCUAAAAAAGGAAAUCACAGAGCUACAAAUGAGAUGUGCUGAUCUAGAGAAGGAAAAAUAUGACGGUGUAAUUAAGAUCCGUGAAAGCAUGCAGCUCUUAGAAGAAGCCAAUUUGCAAAAGAGUCAGGCAAUGGUAGGUGAGAAACAAAAAGAAGAGGAAAUUGCCAACAUGAAGGAAGCAAUUCCUCAACUGUGGCAAGAUGCUGCUUCAAGAACUAGAAAGGAAGUAGAAAAUGAAAGGAAACGAUGCAAUCUACAAAUUUCUCGAUUAACUGAAGAAAUUACAGCACUUCAAAUGGAAUGUGGAGAUAAGCAGGCCCAAAUUGAGCGGGCUGUUAGAGAAAAGCGAGCCAUAGAGGAAGAACUUGAGAAGAUAUAUCGUGAAGGCAGAGGAAAUGAAGGGGAUUAUAGAAAACUAGAAGAACUUCACCAAAGAUGCCUGACGGCUGAACGUGCAAAAGAUGAUCUUCAACUAAGUCUGCAAACAGCACAAAACAAAAUUAGGCAACUGGAAAUGAAUCAUGAAGAAGAGCUAGGUCGUUGCCAGGAAAUGAUUCGAAAGUUGCAAGGUAUUUUGGAUUCUGAAAGGGAGAACUGUGGCUCAGUCAGUGAAGAAAGGUUAAAACUCCAGCAAGAAAAUGAACGAGUACAAAAAGAAAUCGAGGACUUGAGAAAGCUGGUGAUGGAAGCACAGCAGACUGCAAAAUUAAAGAUCAGCACAAUGGAGAAUGAGCUUUUAAUAAAAGAACACGGGUAUGAAAUUCAACUGAAAGAGAUGGAAGAUGUGAAUCAAAACUCCACUGCUGAGCUGAGACGCCUGUUGAUAGCUCAACAAAAAGCAACAAACCGGUGGAAAGAGGAAACAAAGAAACUUACAGAAAAUACUGAAACCAGAAUAAAUAAUUUAAAAAGUGAGCUGAGUCGCCAGAAAAUUCACACACAGGAAUUACUGUGUCAGCUGGAAAGAGCACAUGAAAAGACCAUAGAGAAUGAAAAAUUAAUGAUGGAAUAUCAAGAAAAAGUCAACAGGCUUCAAAGACGGCUAAGCCAGGCAGAAGAGAGGGCAGCUACAGCAUCUCAACAGCUCAGUAAAGUUAACAUGCAGAGGAAAAAAGCUGUCUCCUUGAUAGAGUUGGAAAAUAUUUAAACAUGAUGC